UACCUUCUGCCUUGAAAUUUCACCUCAUUUUCUCAAGUCAAAUCAUCAAACACUUAGCCCCUUCUUUCCCUGUAAAUUUAUUCUCUUCUUUUAAGCCCUUUUCCCACCAUUUCUCAACACCAAAAAACACAACAAAAACCAAGUCCAAAAUCUCCAAUCAGAAUUCAAAGCAAACCAGAAGAAAAUACAGAGAUGGGAUUUUUAAAAGAAGAUAGAAAAACCAGAGUUUUAAGAUGGGUCAAAACUCUUUUUUUCUUGAUUUCUAUGAUCAUAUCACUUCUACUUUUUUCUGCCCCUAUUGUUCUUGUAAUUGCAGAUACACUUAUCCCUUCAGCCUUAUUGUCUGCUUCUCUUUCCCCAUCUUCUUUUUCUGUUCAAACUCUUUCUUCCCAUCUGAGUAACUAUGAUUUUCGGUAUUCACUUGUUGAUAUUCCUCUUAUCUCCAUCAUUAGGUCUGUCAUCAUCUUAUGCGUAUAUAGCUUAUGUGAUGGUCCAAGACUAUCAAGAGGACCAUAUUUGGGAAUUGCAACAAUAUGUUCAAUAUCAUCUUUGGUGUUUGUCUCCUUAAAAGCUUCUUAUGUAUUUGCAAACACUUCGAGCUCUGAUCGAGGAGGCUACGUUAAAGCAAUGGAAAUGGCACUAUUUAUAUGUUCAUUAGCAUUGGCCAUUGCACAUGUAGUUGUGGCAUAUAGAAUUAGCUGCAGGGAAAGAAGAAAGCUACUUGUUUACAAAAUUGAUAUUGAAGCUGUCUCAGCAUGCAAGAUGGGAUCAUUUUAUAGAUAUAUUAAAGUACUCCCACAAGAAAGACUAAAGUUAAACACAAAUCUACAAUCCAUUUGCACAUGAAAUUAUAAUCCAGUUUCCACAAAGCAGGGUUUCAGGUAUAUCCAAAGGAGAUCUGAACCCUGAUUGGCCAGAGUAUUGGUCUAUUACAAAAGGAUUUAAGUGAUAUACACAGUGUAAAGAUAUAUAAUACAAGAUUAUGUAUAUGUGCAAUUGUGGUGUUUUCUGUAUCAGCAAUUAGCUUAUUUAGAGAUAUAGUGAUAUAGGAAAAGGACAUGAUUCAGCACCCAUUGCUCUACUUAGGCAACUUGUACAGAUAUCUCUUCUGUUUAAUGCCAAUUUUUUUUUUCUUUUU